AUAAUAGUAACAAAGGAAACGGAAACGGUGCGGUUAGAAAGCAAAAAAAAUAUAUAACAACCAUAUAAACGAAUAAAUAUUGCAUGUAUUUAGGCGUGUGUAUUUGUGUAAGAAAUUUGUGUUUUUGUGAAUGUUGGCUAAAAAGUGUCUGUGAUAGUGUUCAUGUAUACAUACAUACAUAUACGUAUGUGUGUUUGUGUAGGAUGUGUUACCAAUAAAUAUGUAAAUUUUUUUGGCAACAAGAAAAAAGUGGUUUACCUUUAUAGAUAGAUUGGAAGUCAAAGAAAAAAGUUUAAUGCAAACAAAAAAAAUGGAAAAUAAAAAGCCUUUAAAAAUUGCAUAAAUUAUAAAAAAAUAAGAAAAGUUUAAUACCUUUAACCAGUUCAAAUGGAAACGUCAAUAUGGCCAAAUAUACCAAACAGAAAAUUAUAUUUAAACACGUUGUGUAAUAAACCAGAAGAAUAAACUAAUAUACACUAAUAAAAAGUAACAAAAUAAUAAAAAAAAAUGUCUAAAAUUUCAUAAUGUCUCAACCCGGUAAAAGAGGAGGACGCGGUGCUGCCGCCAAGGGGGUAGGCCGCAAUACACCCUCCUCCGUAACGAGUGGCGCCACCAGCAAUACUCCCGAUGAAUCGGUAGCGGCCAGUGACCGCAACACACCUGCCAGUAAAGCUGAAUCUGAUCCCAAAGAUGAUAGUUCCAGUAAUGGAGAUCGUAAAGAAGUCGAUGGAGCUCCUACACCUAAACCACCGAGUGCAGGCGCUUCCAUACGUGAGUCGGCUAAUAAAAUUUUAGCCUUAUCCAUAAAAGGAGAGUGGACGCCAGUGGAGCAAGAGUUGAAAAAAUUAGAAAAAUAUGUUGCCAAUCAAGGAGAAGAUGGCAAUACAAUACCAUUAGCUGGUAUUCAUGAUGUGAAUACUGGUAUGACGCCUCUGAUGUUUGCCACCAAAGACAAUAAAACUUCAAUCAUGGAUCGUAUGAUUGAAUUGGGAGCUGAUGUUGGUGCUAGAAAUAACGACAAUUAUAAUGUGCUGCAUAUUGCAGCCAUGUAUUCGCGUGAGGAUGUCGUUAAACUGUUGCUGAACAAAAAAGGCGUUGAUCCAUUUUCAACCGGAGGGUCCCGUUCCCAGACCGCGGUGCAUUUGGUGUCAAGUCGACAAACUGGUACAGCCACCAACAUCUUAAGAGCUUUAUUGGCAGCAGCAGGCAAGGAUAUACGCUUAAAAGCAGACGGGAGAGGAAAAGUUCCGCUGCUUUUAGCUGUUGAAGCUGGUAAUCAGUCCAUGGUUAGAGAAUUAUUGGCAGCACAAACGGCUGAUCAACUAAAGGCUACGGCAGCUAAUGGAGAUACGGCCUUGCAUUUGGCUGCCAGAAGGCGGGACGUUGAUAUGGUGCGCAUAUUGGUGGACUAUGGUACAAAUGUUGAUACACAAAAUGGUGAAGGACAAACACCUCUGCAUAUAGCGGCGGCCGAAGGUGAUGAAGCCUUGUUAAAGUACUUUUAUGGUGUACGAGCAUCAGCUUCUAUAGCGGAUAAUCAAGAUCGAACUCCUAUGCAUUUGGCUGCUGAAAAUGGACAUGCCCAUGUCAUUGAAAUCUUGGCAGAUAAAUUUAAAGCCAGUAUAUUUGAGCGUACCAAAGAUGGCAGUACUCUGAUGCAUAUUGCAUCCCUCAAUGGUCAUGCUGAAUGUGCCACUAUGCUUUUUAAGAAAGGAGUUUACCUGCAUAUGCCCAAUAAGGAUGGAGCUCGCAGUAUUCAUACAGCAGCCGCUUAUGGACAUACAGGCAUAAUUAACACUCUGCUGCAAAAGGGCGAAAAAGUCGAUGUAACAACUAAUGAUAAUUAUACAGCUUUGCAUAUAGCGGUGGAAGCGUGCAAGCCAGCAGUGGUUGAGACAUUGCUGGGAUUUGGUGCUGAUGUGCAUGUUCGGGGUGGUAAAUCACAUGAGACUCCUCUACAUUUAGCCGCACGAGUUAAGGAUGGAGAUCGUUGUGCUUUAAUGCUCCUUAAGUCCGGUGCUAGUCCCAAUUUAACUACCGAUGAUGGCCUGACGCCGGUACAUUUUGCCGCCCGUCAUGGUAAUCUGGCAACGCUGAUGCAACUCCUCGAAGAUGAUGGAGAUCCCCUUUAUAAAUCCAAUACCGGCGAAACUCCUUUGCAUAUGGCCUGUCGUGCCUGCCAUCCUGAGAUUGUUAAGCAUCUGAUAGAAGCUGUGAAAGAGAAACAUGGUCCCGACAAAGCCACUUCCUACAUAAAUACCGUUAAUGAAGAUGGCGCCACUGCGUUACAUUUUACUUGCCAAAUUACCAAAGAAGAAGUCAAAAUACCCGAGUCCGAUAAAGAAAUAGUGAGCAUGUUGCUGGAGAAUGGUGCUGACGUAACAUUGCAGACGAAAAAUGCCCUGGAAACUGCCUUUCACUAUUGUGCCAUGGCGGGCAAUAACGAUGUGCUGAUGGAGAUGAUCGCCCACAUGAAUCCGACAGACAUACAAAAGGCCAUGAAUCGUCAGUCGUCCAUUGGUUGGACGCCCUUACUGAUUGCCUGUCAUAGAGGGCAUAUGGAACUGGUCAACAACCUUUUAGCGAAUCAUGCCAGAGUUGAUGUAUUCGAUAUCGAGGGUCGUUCUGCUUUGCAUUUGGCUGCCGAACGGGGGUAUCUGCAUGUAUGCGAUGCUCUAUUGACGAAUAAGGCUUUUAUCAAUUCGAAAUCUCGAGUCGGUCGCACGGCGUUACAUCUGGCCGCGAUGAACGGCUUCACACACCUGGUGAAGUUUCUCAUCAAGGAUCAUAAUGCUGUUAUUGACAUUUUAACGUUACGCAAACAGACGCCACUUCAUCUGGCUGCGGCCAGCGGUCAGAUGGAGGUAUGUCAGCUCUUGUUAGAAUUGGGAGCUAACAUAGACGCGACCGAUGACUUGGGACAGAAACCCAUACACGUAGCCGCGCAGAACAACUACUCAGAAGUGGCCAAAUUGUUUCUGCAGCAACAUCCAUCGCUGGUAAAUGCUACUAGUAAAGAUGGAAAUACCUGUGCCCAUAUUGCUGCCAUGCAGGGUUCUGUUAAGGUGAUCGAGGAACUAAUGAAGUUCGAUCGAUCUGGCGUGAUAUCUGCUAGAAAUAAAUUGACUGAUGCCACGCCAUUACAAUUAGCGGCCGAAGGUGGCCAUGCGGAUGUAGUGAAGGCUUUGGUAAGAGCUGGAGCCUCGUGUACGGAAGAGAAUAAGGCUGGUUUCACCGCUGUACAUUUGGCAGCUCAGAACGGUCACGGACAGGUAUUGGACGUUUUGAAAAGUACAAAUUCUUUGAGGAUCACCAGCAAGAAAUUGGGACUGACACCGUUGCAUGUGGCAGCCUAUUAUGGGCAGGCGGAUACGGUGCGUGAACUCUUAACCAGCGUACCGGCCACCGUUAAGUCAGAAACACCCACAGGUCAAAGUUUAUUUGGUGAACUGGGUACAGAAUCGGGAAUGACUCCAUUACACUUGGCAGCCUACUCGGGCAAUGAGAAUGUAGUACGAUUACUGUUGAACUCGGCCGGAGUGCAAGUGGAUGCAGCUACGACAGAGAAUGGUUACAAUCCUCUUCAUUUGGCGUGCUUCGGUGGUCACAUGUCAGUGGUUGGUUUACUUCUGAGUCGCUCGGCAGAACUUCUCCAGUCUACAGAUCGCCAUGGUCGCACUGGUCUACACAUAGCUGCUAUGCAUGGUCAUUUUCAGAUGGUGGAGAUUUUGCUGGGUCAAGGCGCAGAAAUAAAUGCAACCGACAAAAAUGGUUGGACGCCACUACAUUGUGCUGCCAAAGCCGGUCACUUAGAAGUGGUGAAACUAUUGUGUGAGGCCGGAGCCUCUCCAAAAUCUGAGACCAAUUAUGGUUGUGCUCCCAUAUGGUUUGCUGCUUCCGAGGGACACAAUGAUGUCCUCAGAUAUCUUAUGAAUAAGGAACAUGACACCUACGGUCUGAUGGAUGACAAGCGCUUUGUCUACAACCUAAUGGUGGUCUCGAAAAAUCAUAACAAUAAACCAAUACAGGAAUUUGUUUUGGUAUCACCAGCACCGGUGGACACUGCUGCCAAAUUAUCUAAUAUUUAUAUGAUUUUAUCCACUAAGGAAAAAGAACGAGCUAAGGAUCUGGUGGCAGCUGGUAAACAAUGUGAGGCUAUGGCUACUGAAUUGUUAGCAUUAGCUGCAGGCUCCGACUCUGCUGGGAAAAUUUUACAAGCCACGGAUAAAAGAAAUGUGGAGUUUUUAGACGUGUUAAUAGAAAAUGAGCAAAAAGAGGUUAUAGCCCACACCGUGGUACAAAGAUAUUUACAGGAAUUAUGGCGAGGUUCCUUGACCUGGGCUUCCUGGAAAAUAUUGCUACUGUUAGUGGCAUUUAUAGUCUGCCCGCCCGUUUGGAUUGGUUUUACCUUUCCCAUGGGUCAUAAAUUUAACAAAGUGCCUAUUAUCAAAUUCAUGUCUUACCUCACCUCGCACAUCUAUCUAAUGAUCCACCUCAGUAUUGUGGGCAUAACACCCAUCUAUCCAGUGCUACGUCUUAGCUUGGUCCCCUACUGGUACGAAAUAGGCCUGCUCAUUUGGUUGAGCGGUUUACUUUUGUUCGAGUUGACAAAUCCUUCAGAUAAAUCGGGAUUGGGAUCCAUCAAAUUGUUAGUGCUGCUGUUGGGAAUGGCCGGUGUUGGUGUCCAUGUGACGGCCUUCUGUUUUGUGUCCAAAGAAUAUUGGCCAACGCUUAUAUAUUGCCGCAAUCAAUGCUUUGCUUUGGCCUUCUUGCUUGCAUGUGUACAAAUUUUAGAUUUUCUCUCGUUCCACCAUCUCUUUGGGCCCUGGGCCAUUAUCAUUGGUGAUCUGCUUAAGGAUUUGGCGAGAUUUCUAGCUGUUUUAGCCAUAUUCGUUUUUGGCUUUUCUAUGCACAUAGUAGCUCUAAAUCAAUCGUUUGCCAAUUUUACUCCCGAGGAGUUAAGAUCAUUUGAAAAGAAGAAUCGCAAUCGUGGAUAUUUCAGUGACGUGCGCAUGCAUCCGAUAAAUUCGUUUGAAUUAUUAUUUUUUGCCGUGUUUGGUCAAACGACGACUGAACAGACACAAGUUGACAAAAUCAAAAAUCUAGCCACGCCCACUCAACCCUAUUGGGUAGAGUAUCUAUUUAAAAUAGUAUUUGGUAUCUAUAUGUUGGUGUCGGUGGUGGUGCUUAUCAAUCUAUUAAUUGCUAUGAUGUCCGAUACCUAUCAACGGAUACAGGCCCAAUCUGAUAUUGAAUGGAAAUUUGGCCUAUCAAAGCUUAUACGCAAUAUGCAUCGCACAACAACAGCGCCAUCCCCGCUUAAUUUAGUUACCACCUGGUUUAUGUGGAUCGUUGAGAAGGUCAAGAUUCCAUGGCCUUAUCAGUGGUCCAUUUAUCACCAUUGGGUUCUCAAACCAGUUUUUCGGCUGCCAAUCAAAAUCGUAUUGAAAAUGUUGCUGACUGGGAAGCUAUUGCCAAAAAAUAUCGAUCAUUGAUGGGUGACGAGGAAGCAACUUCCCUUAAGGAUUCUGAUGCUGAAUCAG